UUCCAAGUUUUCAAAUUCGUGCGGUAAAUUCAGAGUCCAAGUUGAAAGAAAUGACACAGUCAAAGGACGAAGGGUUAUCCAACACUUGGAAAAUUAAAAUGCUUUACGAUGGAGAAUGCCCACUUUGUAUGCGUGAGGUCAACAUGCUCAGAGAACGAAACCAAGCUUAUGGAACAAUAAAAUUUGUGGACAUAAGUUCAGAUGAUUACUUGCCUGAGGAAAAUCAAGGCCUUGACUACAAAACUGUUAUGGGGAAAAUACAUGCAAUUCAAUCUGAUGGAACUAUCCACACAAAUGUUGAAGCCUUCAGAAGGCUUUAUGAGGAAGUUGGCCUUGGAUGGGUCUAUGCUAUUACAAAAUAUAAGCCG